AGUCUCAUCUGCUCUCGUGUGAGCACUGUUAUUUCUGAAGCAGGUUCAGGAUGAGGAGCUCCCUGCAGUCCCUGUGGAGGGCCAAUUUGCUCUUCUAUCUUGGGCUAUUUCUGCACUGUGGAGAGGCCAGAGUGAACACUGAAGCACCAACUGGGCCUCUGUACCGUGUGGUUGGCUCACCGCUCUCCCUUUCCUGCAAUGUGAGCGGAUUCACCAGUGCCAGCUCCCAAAAAGAAUUUGAAUACCGUGUUCAGAGGCCUGGAAAUACAAGAAUGGAGAACAUUGGGAGUACCAGGGAUCCAGAUUUUGGCUAUUCCUCGUACAAGAUGCGUAUGGGGGAAAAGGAAAUCACUCUUACACAUGUGUCUCCAAACUCAGUCUCGUUUGAGAUAACAAGCCUGAAGAAAAGUGAUCAAGGGGAAUAUGAGUGUAGUGUUGUCAACCCAGACUACAUUUAUGAUGGAACCUACACCGCUGUAACAUCAGUGAAAGUGAUUGACAACUCUCUGAGUGUUUCAUCACCUGCCUCCACCUCACUGAGCUAUAAUGAGGGUGAUGCCUACACUUCCACAUGCCAAGCCUCCAGCAACACUGUCCAACACACCCACCUGUCUCUCAGCUGGUUUCUUCAGAAAGAUGGGGAAGAAACCGCACAGCCCAUAAUUUCUCUGGACAGAUAUUUCACCCUGAGCCCUGGCCCGGGCUUUGAGUGGCGUUACCAAGCUGGACUCAUAAGCUUAGAGAAAGUAGGAGAGGCCACAUACAAGCUAAAAAUGGCUCAGCUGCAGCUGUCAGACCGAGGCAGGGUCUUUUGCCGUGCUCAGGAGUGGAUCCAAGAUCCUGACCGUUCCUGGUACUCCAUCACACAGAAGGACACAGAGAAAACUACCCUGCAGGUCAUAGCUAGAGAGGUGGUGCCAGACACGUCCUCUCUGGCUGUGAGAGUCUCAGUGCAGUCCACAUCUCUGCAGGUCGGGCAGAAGCUGUCAAUCUCCUGCAACGUAAACACACAGAAUGCAGAGGGAGAGUUCUUCUCUGUGGCUUGGUUCAGAGGAGGAGUCGAGCUGGCCCGCAUUGGCCCGACAGGUGUUCUGUCAGUGGGACACGAGUACAGAGUGCGAGAAGAAGAGCUCAGGGUGGGCCGUAUCAGCGACAAAGAUUUUGAUCUCAGACUGCAGCCUGUCAUAAUAGAGGACCAAGGAGAGUAUUUAUGUAGAGCAUGGCCUCAGAAAAGAGGCCAAGAUGGUGCUUUUACACAGGGAGUGGCCCAGGACUCCUCUCCUCAGAGGAUCAGCAUCUCUGCCACUGAAAGUGGGCUCCUCCUCGAAAUGCAAAACGACACACGUGUGAAUGAAAAUGACGCACUGAAGCUUAUGUGUAAAGUACACGGCUACACAGGACAGCUGUCUGUCACCUGGCUGCGCAAGUCAGCAGACACAUCAUCAGCCUUGUUCACCACGGUCAUCAGUCUAAGUCAAGAGGGUGUUGUGGCAAAAGCAGAGGAAUUUGAAAGCUGGAAAAUAAUAGCAACACGUCCGGCAACCGACACCUUCACCCUAGAGCUGGAUGGAGUCACACCUUCCGAUUCAGGGGUCUAUCAGUGUGCUGUGUCCGAAUGGGAGAAAAAUCGCAAGACCAACAGCCGAUCGCAAACCACCAGAGUGACAGUGACUGAGUUAUCUGUGAAUGUGAACCUUAUAAGCCGAGAAAGCAGGGUGACCGUGGGAAAUAAUGUUGAGUUGAUCUGCAGGGUCAGAGCCGUACAAGUACCAAUCACAGUGACUUGGACCCUGCAGCGUGAUGCUUCCACCAUAGAUAACAUCCUGACGGUGUACGCAGAUGGUACAAUCAGCUGGUCUGGAGACCAGCACCGCUACCAGCUGAAAGUGCAGAAGACAAAGAACGAGUUUAUUCACUAUCUCCUCAUCAACGGUGCGAGCCAUCGGGAGAAGGGCAGAUACCAGUGUGGCGUGACUUACAACAUAAACAAGAAGUCUUCAUCAAACUGGUUGGCUGUGCAAGUGCAAGACCCAGAGAGCAAACUCGUUCUGACCUCAGCCCCACCCAUUAAAGCUCACAUUGACGAUGACGUAGAAUUAAAAUGCUCUGUCAUCUCAGAACCUUCGGAAUCAUCUCGCUACGCCGUCACGUGGCAGCUUGAACAAGAAGCAGUAAGUAAGGUCAUCGUGAGCUCAGACCAGGAUGCCAAAGUCACGUUUGGACCCGAGAUAGAGCUGAGCCAGAGACAGAGGAUCAGCGUGAAGCGCACUAAAGGCCCGAGUUUUGAGCUGAGUAUUCGGCAAGCUUGGAUCUCGGACAGCGGCUCAUACUCAUGUGAGGUGGUGGAGUGGCUACAGGAUCCUGGCGGUGAUUGGUCUUCACUCUUGCCCGUGUCCAAAACUACAAACCUAACAGUGGUUGAUUCAGAACGAAAACUAUCCAUUUCCAGGAAAGACGGGGAGUUGAAUGUGAGCAGAUCUGAGAAUUUCACCGUCCCGUGUCAUAUCACCGAACAGUCCAGCAAUAAAUCAGAGUUCCAGGUCACGUGGUUUUGGGGAAACAAGACGGAAAAUAAACAACGAGCCGUAUUCACAGCUUACCGCAACGCCACACUACAUGACUGGUUAAAGAAAGGGGAUCAGCUACGAUUUGGCCACCCUUUACCAAACCAGUUCAGCCUUACAGUGCUGAAGCCAGGUCCUGAAGAUGGUGGCCUGUAUUUCUGUGAGGUAGAAGAAUGGAUUCAAUCUCUGUCUCAUGGGUGGAGGAAGGUUACUAAAGAGCAAUCUGGGAUUUUGACCAUUUACGUCCAUGAAGAUGGAAAUGCCAGCGCUGUCUCUGAGCCAGUCUGCAAUGCACGGACCUGGAUAUGGAUUCUUGUUGCUUUCAAUAUAUGCACACUCUUGGUUUUACUUCUACUCGUGCUGAAGAUAUGCAGGAGCCCAGUCUCAGAAGGGAAGAAGUCCGGCAAGUCUCUGUGGACAGAGCAACAUCCUCUGAACACCACACCAAGUGCAAAGGACUGAACUUCAUAGAGCAGAGGAGGAGAGAAGAUAAUGAGAAAAUGCACACAUGGGCCUUUUUAUUUGCUAGGCAAUAUAUGAGAUGAUGUUUUAUAAUUCAAGUAGUUCCACUGUAAAUAUUUUUUAUUCAUUUUUCGCCCCAAGUCCAAUCAGUCUUGUUUAAAUUAGUCUGUUGAUAAUGUUCCCUCAAAAAAAGUUUUAAUGUUUUAACUUUCAGAGCAGCUUGAGGAAUAAUCUAGCCUUUAUGAAUUAAUGGAAUUCAUUAAACCCUUAAAAUUAAA